GGCCUCCACGCCGCGCGCCGACGGCCGCGGCACACCGCGCAUGGACGCCAGGUCGACGCCGCGCAUGGACGCCAGGUCGACGCCACGCGCAGACGGCAGGUCGACGCCACGUAUGGACGCCAGGUCGACGCCACGCAUGGACGCCAGGUCGACGCCGCGUAUGGACGCCAGGUCGACGCCGCGCAUGGACGCCAGGUCGACGCCGCGCAUGGACGCUAGGUCGACGCCGCGCGCCGACGGUCGCUUCACGCCGCGCGCGGACGGCAGGUCGACCCCGCGCGGCGACGGCGCCUCCACGCCUCGCGACGGCAUGCGCACACCCCGAGACGGCUUCCCACCACCGGGUAACCCGGCGUCGCGCUCGAGGCGGACCCCGCGCGCCGGCGAGACGCCCCUGUACGACGAGUGAGCGGGCCGCGGCCGAGUUGGACACGCCACCGCUCUCCCGACUUUGUGAUGCGUUGCACUGUUCCGUGACUCUGACUCCGCUCCGGAGCCCUGGCCAGACUCUGAGACUCUGUUCUGAAGCCCUGACCGGACUCUGAGACUCCGUUCUGAAGCCCUGGCCAGACUGAGACUCCGUUCUGGAGCCCUGGCCGGACCCUCCGCCUCCGCUCCGCGGUCCUGGCCGGCGCCGGCCGGGCGCGGCUGGCCGGCCGGUGCCUGGCGGGUCGUCAGCGGGUCGGCGCUGACCCGACCUCAGACGGCAGGGGCCACGGCCUCCGGCCCGGCGCCGCGCGGGCAGCCGGGGUCGCGACACUGUGUGGAUGGGUGGACCGCACGCCGAUGGUCUGAACGGUCUCAAUA